AUGGACACACUCACCAUAGUACUACUAGCCUCCCUGAUCACACUCAUAGUACUAUUGAUUCUACGAUUCCUUCACGAUUACUGUGGAAAGUCGGCGCAUCGUGAUGACUUAUCAAUGAAGUUGGUCGUACCAAACUUCGAAAAAAAUACAGUAUAUCUGAUCAAGUUCGCUGACAACGACUACUGCAUCAACGCUUCGCCAUUUUGCGUUAAACUAGAGUACUUUUUGCGUUAUCAUCAAAUCAACUACGUGGUAGGUUUGUUUUAAUGUCUGUGAUCGCUUUUUUAGAGGGCUACUGUAACAGUUAGUCAAUUGACGCCAAAGUUUUGGCUAUAUCACUAGUAAAACUUAUGCUUUAAGCCAGUCAACGCUAAAUUCUUGGCCUUAUCACUAGUAAAAUCAUAUUUUUUAGCCAAUUGAAGCCAAGUUCUUGGCCUUAUCAUCGGAAGGAAAGAAGCCGUUUAUUGAAUAUAAUGGAGUACAUUAUCCAGAUUCAGAUGUCAUUAUCAAUUUCCUGAUCAAGGAACACAAUCUCAAGUACAAUUUGACUGCCGACCAAAAAGCCAUAUCACAUUUGGUGCAACGCACGUGCGAUAAGAGCAUUUACAUGUAAGGGUUACUGUAACAAAUUUUUUUUAAAAAUUUGUUUAUUUUUUAAAAAUACAAAAUGGCUUUAAAUAUUUAGUUGUUCAAAUACUUUUGUGCCUCUUAACCCUUAAAGUUUGCUGUGAGAGGGGGCUCAGAAUUAUUUGAACAUACAAAAUUUUUUUAAUUUUUUAAAUUUUAAAAAAUUUAAAAAUUAUGAAAAUAUCUUCAAAUCUUGUGUUGUUCAAGUAAUUCUGUGCCCUCUAACCCAAAAAAGUGCUUUUAAAAUAGCUCAGAACUUUUUGAACAUUUUUAUAUAAAAACAUGUUUCAUCGUAUAAAAUUUCAAUUUCUAUAAACUACAAGAUUUUAGGCUUAAAAUGAAAUGCCUUGUUUUAAAAUGACACUUUUUAAUGUUUCAGAUUAAACUUGUAUUCGAAAUUGGAAGAAAAUAUGCCAUUGUUUGCCAGAACAAUCAAAGGAAACGCCAAAACGCCCAGUUGGCACUUGGUUUAUAUGCAAAGGCUCAUCUACUACUCUGUAAGAUAUUUAUAUAUAAUGAGGUUUAAAUUUAGUUUAACAUGCUUACUUCACAUUUAAAGCUAUUAACAUGCUUCGUACUGUAAAAUACUCCUUUCCCCCACCCAAAAAUUUUUUUCUAAAAAUCCACAGGGGGGGGACCACGUUAAACUUUUUUCAAUUUUUUUGUGCGGAUACCCCUCCUCCUUCACUAUACGAGCAGGGAUUCUCGUGUAGGUAAUAAUAGCUAACGAGGAAAUUGCUUGAUUUGCACUGCAGCUCAAAAUUUUUAUAUAAAGUUAUUAUACUAGUAGUAACUAUAAAAAGUUUUAGCUUACCCUUUUGAGUUUUAAAUUUUAAAUAUUUGAGUUUCCUGCCAAUUAUUUUAAUUUGGCGUUGUGUUUCAAGCACUUGUAUUGACUUUCCAGACAAGCUACGCUUAUAAAUUAAAAAAUGCAGGUUCAUUUAAAGGUUCCCUGCUAGUAUAUCGAAGAAAAAUGAUUAAAAGUCAGAAAAUGACAAAGUUACAAGCUUGAAACACAAUGCCAAUUUGGCGGGAAAUUCAAAACGUAAUUUUUUGAUUUCGAUUUUUUCGGGUUUUCCUGGAGAGCGGGAUUUAGUAGUUUUCUGAAGACCAUAUAUUUACAUGAUCUUUCUAAGUUUCAAGUCAAACAGAGCGAGGGAAGUCGGAUACUUUCCUUGUAGAAAGUGUCCCGCUACUUUUGGUUCAGAAUAAUAGUUUUGUUGUUCUUUAUACGCAGGUUUUUGUUACAUACGAGUGGUUCAUACAAGGCUUCUAUUGCAUUUAUUUCAGCUAUGGACCCGAGUAAAGAGUGAUGGAACAGGUUAUCACAAGAAAGAGGAGGUUGUUGAACUGCUACAACAAGACCUGGAAGCGCUUGAACGCAUUUUAGGAGGCAGUACGUAUAUCACUGGUGAUACUGUUAGUCCGGUAAGUAGAAAGCUUCAUUUACGGCCUGGUGCAAAGGGGGUACAAGAAAACAUCUCACCCCUAAAAAAAAAUUUUUUGAAAAAAAAGUUGAACGUGGUCCCCCCCCCCUGUGGAUCCUUCAAAAAAAAUUUGGGGGGGAGGGGGGGGAGGGCACUAGCCUUAAUAACAAAUGUCGGUUGUACAUUACAUUGGCUUUGUCAAUGCCAUUUUAGAUAAAACCUUGAAUUUCAGGGAGAUUUUUCGCUUUUCGCCCACCUCAUUUGUGGCUACCACUUGCCCUACGAAAUUCCAAUAAAAGAGAUUGUCGAUUUGAAGUGUCCAAAACUGCAGUCCUACAUGUUACGGAUCCAUUUUCGAUACUUUGGCGAUUACCCGUUAAAGGAGCCUGUUUAG